GCCGGUGCUAUUCUUUUCCGGAUUUGCCCUUGAGUUUCGAUGUGUACAUGUCAAAGUCUCUACGGAGUAUGCACAGGUCCUCCCAUGCGGAGUACACGCACCCCAAUUGGCGGCUUGAGUCGCGUAACAAACCACGUCUCCUUUGAUUGCGAGGUAUACGAUUUCCUCUGCAAAUCAUAAAAUAAGCAUCCUCGACGCAGCCUUGAAAACCAACAUUUUACAAACACUAGCGUAUCCUUUUCAAGCAUGGGCGAGAAGGAAGACAAAGAGAAGGCCGAGAAACUAGCGGCUGCAAAGAAAAGAGUUGCCCAACUCCAGAAGAAGAAGCAGAAAGCAGCCGGAGGCUCCGCCGCCGGCGGCGAGAAAUCCGCGAAAGACAAAUCAAAGAAAGAAGACACACGCAAAGAUGGAGAACUAGACGGCGGCGAAGCUGAGCAGACGCAGACCACUGAAGGGAAGGAGACUAAAGAUGAUGAUUUGGAAGAGAAGGCCAUACAUGAGACACCGGGAGAUGUCGAUGCAGAUGAAGAGGCCUUCAACGAAGCGAUCAGCAGCGCAGACGUGGCUUCACCACAGUUAGAGACGGAGAUCGAGAAUGUUCAGUCGCCGGACACUACGCCUCCUCCUUCGAAUGAUCAAGAGUCUUCAUCUUCUACGAGGGGUCCGCGCCGCUCCAAUCGGCAGCCCAGCGUCAGUCUGCAAAGUAAGAUCCGCAGCACAAGUUUCCGGGACGGCGGCCCCUUGAGCCCGGCUGCAACGCCCGCGUCUCUGGCGAGGAUUGAAGAGCUGGAAAAGGAGAAUAAGCGCUUAGCCAAAGAGGCAGAGGAACAUGAGAGGAGAUGGCGCAAGGUGGAAGAGGAAUUGGAAGAAGUCAGGGAGCAGAAUGCCGAGGAAUUAGCGACUGCAUCAGCGAGCGGGGCACCGGAUAGCGAAGUGAACAGACUACGCGCUGAGAUUGAGACGCUGCGAAGGCGAGCCAGCGCGACGGGUCGGCGGGACAGUGUACAUGGAAGUGGUGACGAGGUUGAUUUGUUGAAGGCGGAGCUCGAGAGCAAGGAUUCAACGAUUGCGGAUAUGCAGCUUGAGAUAUCGCGGUUACGCGGACAAUUGUCGAGCCAGACCGAGGGAUGUGAGGCGCAUGGGGAGCAGAUUGCGGCGUUGCAGGCAAGUUUGUCGAGCGCCGAAGGGAAGUUGAAAGGGUUUGAGAAUGAAUUGGCUGAUACAAAGAAGGCGCUGAGCAAGGCUAGUGAGAAGGCGGUGCUAGAUGGGACGGAACGGACGAGUAAGGAUACCAAGAUACGUGCGCUGGAAAGGGAGUUGAGCGAGGCGGUGUCCCAGAGGGAUGAGGUCAUGAAGAAGGCGGAGCAGCUGGACAAAAAGAUUGAAGCGAUGAACAAGCUGCAUAGGGAGGCGGAGGCGAGGAGCUCGGCAAGGCUGGCUGCAGCGGAGUCAGCUGCUAGAGAAGUGCCUGGCUUGCGCGCAAAGGCUGAGAAGGCGGAGGGUGAAAAUGCAAGGUUGAGAGAGAAGCACAAAAGGGUUAUGAGUGGCGAUGGAGGAGGAGAGGGACUGGAUGAGCUUGAGGAUGAAGAGAGGCAGAAGCUCGGGAGGCGGAUUCGAGAGUUGGAAGGGCAGGUGUUCGAACUACAAAGAGGAAUGUGGAGGGACAAGAGGGUACAGAUGCAGCCACGAGGGGAUGAAGGAUCGAGAACGUCCAUGGACCAGGCGGAAGAGUUUGAUGAGGUCGAUUUGUCUGGCUCAGGCAAUGCGAGUCGGCGGCGGAGCUUUGCUAGUGGUCUACCGCCACAGACGAGGCAUUCUGGUUUCUCACAGGUGCUGAAUUCGGGACUUGCGGCAUUCAGGGCGAGUACAACGUCGCCGGAUACACAGCAACGACAUGCGACACGGCCGAGGAAUGACUCUCUCCUGGAGGAAUUUGAGGACGAUGCGUUUGAUGAGAGCGCUUUUGCACGAGCGCAGAGAGAAGAGGAGGCACGGAAGAUGGUUGAACAUGUGCGAGAAGUGAAGAGAGGAUUGAAGCAAUGGGUUGGAUGGAGGUUAGACCUGGUUGAUGCGAGGAGAGCCGGUGCUGGUGUUGGUUUUGGAGAGAUCUUUGACGUCUAGAAGUCCCCAAACGAAGUCCAGAAAUAAUAUCAAACAGAAUCCAGGAUUGUCGAGUAUCAUUCUAUGCAUACAAAGAACGUGGGGUGUUUGCCAGUCAGAUGGAGGAACAGGUUGGCCACAUUCCAGACUCAGGGAUCAAUACACCUUAUUCAAAUAUCACAC